CAGUAUAAUUUUGCGCUUCUGAUGGAUCGUUUCACACAUAUUUUGCUGUGGAGUCCCGUUGUCGUCAUUCUAGCAAUCGUUUUGUUCCUCUACUGGAUCGAGCACCGGGAAAGGGAACCAUUGGGAGACGUGGAGCAAGGUUUCCACGGGUAUAGAGUUGAGAUCUUCAAGAAAACCCAAAGAGAUCAAGGAGACGAAAGAAGAUCAUCGGAAGAAUGUGCGAUUUGCUUGGAGGAGUUCGAGGACGGGGACGAGCGAAGCCUUCUCACGGCGUGCUGCCAUGUCUAUCAUACAAGCUGUUUACAACGUUGGCUCGCUGAAGCCUACAAGAGGAGCUGUCCCCUUUGCCGCGCCCACAUUGUUACUCAUGAUCGUGCUUACGGUGAAUCAAGCGACGAGAUCAUCAACAAUCAUCUUGAGCAUCAACUGCGGUGAAAGGCUUCUUCAAGCAAGAUUUUGUUCGUACGAGACCUCGAGAGAUCAAUCUAUCGAUCUUUUGGCUUGCUGUGAUUAAUUUUCAGUUUGUGGCCACGAUGUACGUGAUGCAUGAGAAUUUUAUAGGCUUAUAGCUAGGUGCUAGGAGUGUGUUGAUGAUGUAAUUUUUAUAUAUGUUGAUUUUAUAUAAAGAUGUUUUGUUAUA